AAAGAAGAAGAUAAAAAUUGAGUAGAUAAAGAUAACCUCAAAUUACAAGAUAUUUUUUAAAGGUAAAAUUGUGUUUUUUUGACAUAAAUAAAAUGUUUAACAGUAUAUUAAAAGUUAUACCGACAACCAACACAUUAAGGGGAAUAUCAAUAAUCAAAAGAUUUGCUGGACAUUCUAAAUGGCAAAAUAUAAGACACAUUAAAGGUUUAAAAGAUGCUCAAAAGAAUCAACUGUUUACUAAACUAGGCAGACAGAUCAAGGUUGCCGUGCAAGAAGGAGGAUCCCUUGAUGUCAAAUCCAACCUCAAACUUUCCCAGGUGAUAGACCAGGCAAAGAGGGCCAAUAUGCCAUCAACAACUAUUCAGAGCAUACUAAAGAGUUGCCAAAACGAUAAAUCCCAAAUGAAAAGUUACCUAAUAGAAAUCAAGGGCCCUGGAAGUUGCUUCAUAUUAUGUGAAGUUUUUACAUCUAAUUUGCAUAUGUUGAAGCAAAAUAUGGCCUCCAUACUUAGAAGACACCAGUCCAAAUUCAGUGAAGGUGGCACUCAUUUGUUCGAAGAAAAAGGUGUGAUUGAGGCAGAAUGCCUUACCUUUGAGAAAAUGUCGGAAGAGGAGGUUUUGGAACAAGCAACCAAUCAUGCAAUAGAGUCCGGAGCCGAAGACGUUAAAGUAAUUGAAAAAAAUAUCAUUGAAUUCACAUGUGGUAAAAGUAACUUAAACAAGGUUGUUCAGGAAUUGGAAAAAAUUGGUUAUAAAGUCACGAGUGCAAUGGUAGAAUAUACACCUCUAAAAUUGCAGCAACUGCAGGAGACUGAACUAGACACCUGUGCCAGUUUGUAUGAUAAGCUUGAAAAUUUACCUGAUGUCGUUAAACUGACAGAUAAUAUUGCAUAACUUGGUUGUAAAUGAAUUGAUGUAAAUACAUGUUUUUAUUUUUCACAUUUCA